AUGUCGUGUCUCGCGCGACGCCGGUGGACGGGGGUUAUCUCGAGAACUAUUUUUACCUACAGACGAUCCUACCGGACAUCCACCGUAUGGCCCUCCUACGGCAUCACCACCCCCGGACCUGGACCCGACCACAACAGUACCAAACCACCCAGUCCCUUCCGCUUCGAAACGGGCUAUGCCCUGUGUGCCAAACGACCGUCCAGACCCUUCCCCCCACCGUUCCUGUCUCCGCCGUCAUCCUCUUUCUCCGAUCCCCUGACUACCCACUCGCUCAGCCAGGAUAAGAGAUUAUCCGUCGCGGGCGAGCGGGUUCGCGGCUUGAAUAACGGGGACGAUGCCGUGCUGGUCGCGGAGAAUUGUAUCGCGGUGGAUGAUGGGGUUGGUGCUUGGGCGACGAGGCCGCGUGGUCAUGCUGCUCUCUGGUCCCGACUCCUCCUACACUUCUGGGCUCUGGAAAUUGAACAACUAGACUACUCCACUACACCCACACCCGACCCAAUCUCGUACCUCCAGCGCGCCUACGAAGAAACCAUCCGCGCCACGAGCUCGCCAACCGAGUGGUUCGGAACAACCACCUCCGCAACAGCCCUACUACACUGGACUUGCAGUUCCGAAGAUGGUAUCCCUCACCCAUUACUAUACGUGACGAAUCUGGGCGACUGCAAGAUCCUCGUCAUCCGGCCGAGCGAGGAGAAAGUCCUCUUCCGCACAGCCGAGCAGUGGCACUGGUUCGAUUGUCCGAUGCAGCUGGGCACGAAUAGCGUCGACACUCCUCGCAAAGACGCAGUGCUGUCCACAGUGCCGCUGCAGGAGGAUGAUAUUGUCCUCGCGCUGUCGGAUGGCGUUAUGGAUAAUCUGUGGGAACACGAGGUUCUCGGUAAUAUCCUUGAGAGCAUCGCGAAAUGGGAGCAGGCACGUGAGGACAAGGAUAAAAAGGGCGCUGAGUUGUUGCAGCAGCCGGAGCUCUCAGAUAACCGCAUGGUCUUUGUGGCGAGGGAAUUGCUCAAUGCGGCGUUGAUGGUUGCGCAGGAUCCAUUCGCAGAGAGUCCAUAUAUGGAGAAGGCUGUGGAGGAAGGGUUGGCUAUUGAAGGAGGUAUGUUCUUCUUUUCUUUUUUGGGGUCUGGAGAUUUAUACUGA